CGUUGAUUGUCAGGAGUCGUCACACUAUAGCGUCCGUCUCCACUCCGGGCCAGUAUCCUCCCUGCUGUGUCUGUACUCCACCUUCGUAACUUUGCCUCGCUUUCCGCCUUCAGGUAGCUCGACAUUCAGAAGAACGAAUACUCAAACGUUCAACAACUCGUAUACUGAAGCUCGUACAUCAAGCCAACACUCCCUUUACUCAUAUCGCCAUCUACGAAGAUGGACCAGACCGAAUUACACCACAAAAAACUCCCAUCGAAGCGGUCGUUCCAUAAACACCGAGGGCCCGGGCUAGGAUUAGACUCGCCCGCGUAUGACGCCUCGGAAGAAGACAAUGACCCCCUCACUGAUGAUUCCGCGCACUCGGCAUCGAAUGGCGUCUCAGUAACAGUCAGUCGGGCGCAGCCAGCUCUCUCUUCCUCUUCCACGCAACGGCCAACGAAGUCUUCCCGGAAUGGCGCGAGUUUAGGAGUCGGAAACGGGAUAGGGGCAUCUGGGCAGAGGAGGAGCCAACAUCACCUCGCCGCUUCCCUCACGCUCUCUGACGACGGCGUCGAAUCGCCCACAUACGAUGGGGAUGUCGAAUCCACGACGCACACCCCGACCCCGCAUCAUAGCACUUUGUCGGACGUGGACGGCGAGGCUUCGAUCGUAACCUCCCACAUCAAUAAUACCCUCUCACCCGCCUCCUCAGCAUCGACCCUUUCACCCGUAUCUGCAUCUUCACCUCUUCCCGCAUCUUCGAGGUCGCCGUCACCAGAUGUUAGCACCCCCUCAGCAUCCACAGAUACCCAAGCUGAUCCGCUCUCGCAUCCGACGCUGUCCUCCACUACCUUGCUUAACCUGGCAUCUGCCCCUAUAUCAGAGCCCACUCCGCCGGCUGUCUCUCGGGAGGCGUUUGAUCCUGCGGCAUUAACGCCAGCUGACAUACAAGCUUUCGUGAAGGCUGCGAUCGAUGGUACGGAUGGUACUGGCCGGGAGUAUAAGAUUAACCCACCACCGGAGGGCAGGCCGAUCAGAGUGUACGCUGAUGGGGUCUACGAUGUCUUCCACUUUGGGCAUGCACUCCAACUACGGCAAGCAAAGCUGUCCUUCCCAUCCGUGCACCUCCUAGUCGGAGUCUGCUCGGACGAGCUCGUCGCACAACAUAAAAGCAGGAGCGUCAUGACCCACGCCGAACGGCUGGAGUCCGUCCGGCAUUGCCGCUGGGUUGACCAGGUCGUGCCCUCCGCCCCGUGGGUGAUUACCCCGGAGUUCCUCGAGGAGUAUCAAAUCGACUAUGUCGCGCAUGACGAGGAGCCAUACGCAUACUCGAGCGGGACGGAUGUGUACGAGGAUGUCAAGCGUCUCGGCAAAUUCAUCCCGACGAGGCGCACGCCGGGCAUAUCCACCUCCGCGCUGCUCGAGCGGAUCGUCAGCGGGUACCGCGCGGGUGAGUGGGACAAGAAGCUCGAGAAGAUCGGGCGGGGCGACUUGACGGCGGGGAAGAAGGAAGAUAGCAUGAGUGGGUCGGAGGACGGAAAGAAGGGGUGGGAGGUCGUUGAGCACGGGGAGUCUUAAAGGCCAGGUGCAAAUAUAUAUAUGAGGGGAAGGAGGGCGAUGUGCGCAAUAGAUUCAUGGUGGUUUGUUGAUAUUGUAUAUUCGGAUAUUCUGCCUGGACGUAUAUAUGUACGGCAUCGUAAAUAGUUCAUACCUGGGAUAGUUUAUGGGCGGAUUGCUGGGACAGUUUAGUCUCCACGGGUACGCGCUGUCGCC